GAUCUUACCUAACUGAACCCUCCUACGCAUCUAAGUGCUCGGUACUGAUAUAUGGCAAUAUCUACCCCGGCAUCACGUGCUCCUGGGGAGAGACUAAGACGGACCGCGCGUCAUCCAGCCUUCCCAAAUUUUUCCCCCUCUGCAGAUCGCCUCCAAAACAUCUAUCUAUAGAGCCAGAAAGGGAGAAAGAUGUUUAACUCGGUGAACCUGAGCAACUUUUGUUCCCAAUCGCGCAAAGAGAGGAGUACUGAAUUUGGAGACCGGGCAGGCUGCACCUCCAACCUGUACCUUCCCAGCUGUACCUAUUAUGUGCCUGAAUUCUCCACAGUGUCCUCGUUUUUACCACAGGCCCCCUCUCGACAGAUCUCUUACCCUUACUCCACCAACCUAUCUCAACCAGUUCGGGAGGUAUCCUAUGGCUUAGACCCUUCCAGUAAAUGGCACCCUAGGAGCAACUACGCCUCCUGCUACCCUGCAGCAGAGGAUCUGAUGCAUAGAGAGUGCCUCCCUCCUUCUUCUAGCAUGACCGAAAUGCUAAUGAAAAACGAAAGCGUGUACAGCCACCAUCACCACCAUCACCAUCAUCACCACCCCAGCGCAAACCACCCUUCCUCGGGCUUCUACUCCAGCAUGAGUAAGAACACCGUGCUGCCACAGGGCUUUGACCGCUUCUUUGACAAUGCAUACUGUGGGACAGACACUCAAGCGGAGGACUGUGUGCCCAAAAGCGACACCAAGGUGGACAGUGACCCUCAAAGCAGUGCUCUGUCAACCGGAGCGGAUCAAGGCUUAGACCCGGAAGAUGAAGAGGAGAAUACCAACCCUGGGUCAUCCGCCUCAUCCUCUUCUGUCAACAAUAAGGAUGCCAUUAAAGGCAGCAACUCCAGUGCUCCUCGUACACGGAAGAAGAGAUGUCCUUAUUCUAAAUUCCAGAUUCGAGAACUGGAGAGAGAGUUUUUCUUCAAUGUUUAUAUUAAUAAGGAGAAGAGGCUUCAGUUAUCUAGAAUGUUGAAUCUCACUGACCGGCAAGUUAAAAUAUGGUUUCAAAACAGAAGAAUGAAAGAAAAAAAACUUAGCAGAGACCGACUGCAGUAUUUUUCUGGAAACCCUUUGCUGUGAACUUGAUGUUUGUGUAAAUCUCAUGCACUGUGCCCGUGAGGAGUGUUUUGUCCUGCAGAGGAUACCUAGAAGCAUAGCUUAAAUUCUGAGACCUCAAUCAAGCUCAGAUUUUAAACCUUUUUUGUUACACAUUGCGAGAUUACAAAAAGAGGAGUACUUGAUGUAACUGAACACAUUAAAGGACAAAUAUGGACGUUUUUUUAUUUAAUUGACUGCUGAAGAAAUGGAUUCUUCAUUUUGCUAAAUCAUUCAUUUCAAAAGCCUACAGCUGUGAAAACAAUGUUAUCAUUGCUAUCGUUUUUAAAGACUUUAAGGACAAGCCAAUCAUUAUGAAGAUUAUGGCCAAAGUUUCUACGAUUCUGCAAAUUACCUUCUUACUGUGGUGUGUGUAUGGAUGAGAUGUGUGCAUGUUUGUAUGUAUGUAUGUAUGUAUGUAUGUGAAUUAACAUGCAAGUGAAAGUUACAUUCUGCUUUGGUCCCUGUCCUUGUACAUUUUCCCUUUUGAGACAUGUAUCUAAACUAAACCACAAUGUUUUUUCCCCUUGAAGGCUUUACAUAAAUGUUCAUACGUUUCAAAUUGUAGAAAGACACAUGUUAUGUUAUGUUCCCCUAUGUGUUGGUAUACAAAUGAAUACAAAACACACAAAUAUACAUGCGGGAAAUUAGUAUUGCAUAUUAUAUAAAGUUGCAUACUAGUCCCAUGCGCGUGGGGUGAGUUUGGUUUUUUUGGGAGGUGAACAAUUCCAAUUGGCACUCUGCAUAUAAAUUAUGUUAUAGAUUGUAAUCUUUUUUAAGGCCCAUCCUAGACAUCGAAUUUUGAUAGGUUUAAUGUAUAUAGCCCCAUGCUACUAGAAUCAUGGGUAGAACUUGAGCCCUUAAUGGAUCAGUGCAAUAAUGUGCGAAUAUUCGCUUGGAAUUCAUUGAAUGGCCUCAUUUUUUAUCCGAAAUUACUUAUAAAAUGCUCCCCUUUUUAUUGUUUUAAGAUUGUAACUAACCAUUUUUUUAACACGAGUAAUACUUUUCAAAAUAAACCUGGUAACAUAAAAUAAACCUGGUAAAACAGUGUUAAACACAUAAGCACAAACGUUUCAUUAAAGGUAGAGAAAUUCACAUGGGGAAUCCAAACUCCUGGAUCUGUUCGAAAGACUACAUUUUAUUGGUAAUGUUUCAUGCAUGUAUCUUUCUGUAUAAAAAAAAUAAAUAAAUGCCACCACUUUAUAAUUAUGGUCACUAUUUCCAUAUAUGUUUUUAGAACAGUCUUUUUCCCUAGUUCUAGGUUUUUUGUUGUUUUGUGUCUGUCCAGAAAUUGGUAACAUAGGCCGCUCUUGUAGACAAGGAAAGUCUUAUUAUGCGAUCUUCAAUUAUAUAUAAAUAAAUAUGCAGUAAUAAUGGAACAAAAACUGAGAAUGAGCUACAUAGAAAUUCUAGAAUAUAUAAAUUGCAAAAUUUAAUAUAAUGUGAGCGUAUUCAUUCAGUAAAACAAGUUAUGAGAGGAGAAGGUCAAUGUGGAAAUGUAUAAAAUUAUUUUAUACAGACAUGUUUCUCAUAAACCAAAUUGUAAAUAAGUAAGGAUUAAACAGCUGUUACAAAUGGGUUAUUUGCUUACGGCAUGGAUUAGUCAUG